AUGGGAUCUAGGCGAGACCACAGGUGCACUUAUAUUCACGGUAUCCGAUCUGGCAAGAGAAGGCGUCAGCCCUCAUUUCCUUCGAAUGAACGUACCGUCCUUCGGGAAAUUGAUGAUCACGGAGCCGACAUUACACCCCCAUUACCGGAUGCCGCGGGGGCUUUUCAAGAUGGAUUUCCUACAGUCGCCUUUGUUGAUCAAUCCAUCCAUAAAGAGUUGCGCACACAGGUCCCUCGGGCCCCUUCAUCUCGUGAUUUCCAUCUCUUCGACUCGCGGCAAUUGGGAGAGAGUAAAGAGGAGAUACUGACCUAUGUUUCGUCGUAUUUUACUGACGUACACGUGUGGCUGCCCAUCUUACAUAAACAACAGAUUUAUGCCUAUUUGGAAACGUCGAGUUCGGAUCUACCUGUUGACGUCGCCUUGCUUUUCCUUUGCAUUAGACUUCUUGUCUCUGGCCCUAAAACUUGGCCUGCCGGGCCUCGAUCUGGUAUCUAUGUCACGGCGAAACAAGGCUUGGCUGGGUUGGAGAUCGCCGGCAUUAUGUCUGAGACUGUCUUGCAAGCCAGUCUUUUGAUCUCACUCUAUGAAAUUGGGCAUGGGAUAUAUCCAUCUGCCUUUUUGAGCGCCGGAGCCUGUGUGCGUUAUAGUCAUGCCAUCGGCCUGGGAGGGCCACAGGAGUGCCGACUCCAACGACCCUUAAGCCGGUUCGAUCACGAACAGAGCCAGAAGCUUUGGUCUGCAGCCAUUCUGUUAGAGCGGCAAUCAACCAUUAUCGGGCGGUUGAGGCGAGAUAAAAAGAGAUCAUGCACUAACAUCAACUAUACAAACUCCAGAUUUACGCAACUGGGCCGCUUGGCACCGACACACUCGACUGGUAAUCUACCGGAUAGCAGAGCCGUGCAAAUGUUUGGUAAUUCCGAAACCAUCCUCGCAAACAGCACUUCAAGUAGCGGACAAGAAAGAAGUAGAGACGAGGGUUGCUUUGUUUUGCUCGUAGAGUCUACCAAGCUUCUCGGACAAGUGCUUUCCUUCAUUUCCUCUAGAGAGGCAGAACCGGCGGUUGGUAACUUGUCGACAAAGGCACAGGAGGAAUAUCUGCAGCUUGCUCGAACCAUAGAGUCCUUGAUAUUGGAAGCGGAAGAUGAGGCUGCUAAAUACGGCGUUGAAAUCCGAAGCCAGCUAUGCAUCUGUUACAGGUGGGUACUCUCCUUUGUGAUCAGCCAUUAUAGAGUACACUCUAAAGGAUAUAGCUCCAUAUUUGCUUUAAAUCAACAUGGGCAGAUGCGAGGUUAUGGUGAUGGUUCUUUGCAGUCCUUGAGUGAACACUUGGACUCAUCUCUAGGUCUUGUUAUGGAUAGAGUCACCGAGCUGUGUGAGAUGAUUUUAAAAAGGACCGAGCCUGAAUUGCAGUCCAUACCUCCCCUACUUCUUCAUAGCAUUUACGGUGCUGCAAAGGCUGCAUUAUUGAACCCGCCGGAAAGUUCAAAGGGGCUCGAAUCCAUCUUUCGCAACACACUGCAAAGGCUUAAUACGAGGUGGAAGGUCGCAGGUGUAUAUAUUGAAUCCUUAGAGACAUUAGACGUUUUACGUUUAUAA